AUGGGGAAGCCGGUGCCACAACAGGAUGAUCUGCUACAACUUUACACCGGCUUCAAACUCGGCGGCUAUGCAACUAACAGGUUGCCCGAUAGCUCCGUGAGUUUGGGACGACUUGGUCCGGAGCACGCAGAGUUUGUGAAUCGUACUUGGACAUGGGGCGGGCCGCCAAAGGUGCUGGAGUUCAUCCGGUACGUGCUAGCAACUUUCCCCUCCAAAUGUGUGUUCAACAAGCAGGGAGAGCCUUUAGCGUACACCGUUCAGCAGCCAUGGGGGGAGUGCGGGAUGAGUAAGGCACUGGUGCCUGGUCGGUACGGCACUAUAGCCAUGAAGAGCAUGGGCAACGAGGUUCUGAAGGCGGGGGAUGUACCGUAUGGCUUCAUGGAGCCAAGCAAUAAAAAGAUGAAGAAAGUAGUGGAUGGAGAUUUGGUGCCGAAAUGGGACCCUUCCGGAAGUUGCUUCUAUGUAAGUCUGUAA